AUAUCUAAAUCAGAUCAAACAGUAGAGAGAACAGAAGGGUGGUUCACUAGUUUUUGGGGCUGCUACGCAAAAUCAGGGAUUGAUCAAUUGAUUUACUCUUUUAUAAAAGAUCAGACAACGUAACUUACAACUUUCCGUCUUUCUCCUUCUUCCUCCUUCACCCUUCAACGAAAACAAUAAACAGAGAACAAAAAGAGUAAGAUAUUUUUCUAAUUUGAGAUUCAAGAAGGUGGAUAUGAUGAAGAAGUGCGAACUGUGCAAGGUUAGGGCUAGGACUUUCUGCGAGUCGGACCAGGCUAGCUUAUGCUGGACCUGCGACGCUAAUGUUCACGGUGCUAACUUCCUUGUGGCUAGGCACUCCAGGACGCUCCUCUGCCGCGACUGUUACUCACUUACGCCGUGGAAAGCCACCGGCGCCGCACUCCUUAACGCCGUUUCCCUCUGCCACAGUUGUUCCAAGGGAGAACAAGAAAAACCAAAAGAAGAAGAGAGCGAAGGGGAAAAUAACGACGCGACAGAAAUCGACGACGACGACGACGACGGUUUCGAAGAUGUGGACGGAGAAAAUCAGGUUGUGCCUUGGUGCUCUUCCACCACCCCGCCGCCUCCGCCUUCGAGUUCCGCCGGCAGCGAAGAGUCGGAGUUCGGCGCUGGAGAUGGUUUUGACCUGGCGACGUCGUUGAAACGACGGCGUGACGUCGACGCUUCGGAUCGUGACCUUCAGGAAGCCUCGAACGCUUCGAUUUGUGAGCGGCGGAGGAUGGCAGAGGACCACCGCUGAAGUGGUUGGCGUGACGGUGGAGAUUGAGGCAGCGUUUGAGGUUGGGACGCUAAUUUUAACGACGUCGUUGGCAUGAAGAUAUUUUGAGCUCUUUUGAUUAUUUUACUAUUUAACUUGCUUUCUGAUCUAGCCCGCUUAUAACACCACUGCUUACUUUUGACCAGUAGUUAAAACUAUUAGUUCAUUGAUCAGCACUGCUUGUUCGGAGAACGGUAGAAGAUUGACAUUAGAAUUUCCCUUUUUCUUCGUUCUCAAAAGAUAGAUAUAGAUAUAACAUAUAAAUAUGUAUUUUGAAGCUGAUGAUGUAAAUUUUAAUUUCUCUCAACUCUUUUUAA